AUGACGGACAAGGUGUGCCGCAUGGUGGAAAACAUGGUAUACGAGUUUAAUGACUUGAAGAGAAAGGAGUUAUUCACAGACAAGGAAAUCGUAACAAUUGCGAACAAAAGGAGGAACCACGAGUACACAAUUAACAGCUCAUCCAGUAUACUACUCAACUACAUUUUAUACAUUGAAUUUGAAAUUAAUUUGGAAAAAAUAAGAGAAAAGAGAAAAUUGAAAAAAAAAAAUGAUAUGCUGAAUGAGAUUAAUGAAUAUAAUAAAUUGCUAAAAAGUCAAUAUGAGGAGUAUACAAAUUUGAAGGCAAAAAUACAAAGUGAAAAAUGCCCCCAAAAGAGCAAGUCGCUGCGGAAGUUACUAAAUAAAAGUGAAUACAACAUUAACUGUUGUAAGAAGAAUAUUUUAAAAAUGGAAAAUAAAUUACAAGUGCUGAUACGACAUAGCUUAUCAGAUUAUUCACUUGUAAAAAGAAUAAUUAACAUCUUCCAAACGUGUUUAAGGAAACAUCAUAAUAAUAUAGAAAUAUGGCUACACUACUUCAACUUCUGCUACGUAAAACGCAGAAUGGAAAAUUUGGAGAGUGCCAUAUUAAACAGCUUAAAAUAUCAUAUACAAAAUGAACUCAUAUGGGUCUUCUACCUGCACUAUUUUUAUAACAUUAGAAAAAAUAUUCAAUACACAAGGAAGCUAUACAUAAGGGCCAUUUUAUUCAUCCCCAAAAGUUUAUCCCUUAACGUUUUAUACUUCAACAUAGAAUUCGACAUAUUCUACAAACUGCUAACAAAUUUUAAGCAAAAAGUAGACAAUUCGUCUAAUAACCAUUUUAACCAAUUCGUUGACUUCUGCAAAAAUAGCGCAAAGGAAGAACAAGACACUAAUGAUGCUACAGCUAGCCAAACGAAAGAAGACAUACUCAAACGUGAUAUUGAUCAAGGGGAUUACAAAACUGUUAAGGAUGAGGAUAAAUAUGGUUUAGAUGUAAUCAUCUUCCUAACGAAGAAAUAUUUGGAAACAUUUCAAAAUGAUAAAAGCCAUCUUUACAUUUUCAUUUUCCUACUUUUAAAUAUUUAUUUUAAAAUGGAAAAAAACAAAUGGGUAAAGAAUUAUGUUCUUCGGUUUGACAAUUUUAAGGAAAUAAUCUUUAACUCCAUAGACAUGUACAAGAGGGAUCAACCCUGUUUUUUCUACUAUCAAUUUGUAUCCAAAUGUGUUGCUUCAACACAUUGUGAACUCUCCGAAGAUAAGGAUUUCCAGCUCUUAAAAAAUUCCUUCUACCAAAAUGGCGGCGAAGAAUCACAGCUACAAAGGUACUUUGACGUGACGCAAGUAAACCUCAUGUUACGUGAACUCCUGGAUACAUUCCACAAUGACCUUAUGGUUUACUUCUUCUGUCUCCUACUUGAGAACCUAUUCGAGGUUUUUGUAGAAUACGCUAACGUAGACGAUGUCUUCACCGUCGACAAUUACGCUGGAGCGCAAUUCCCACUGUUAACACAACCUGAAGGUUCCCUCAAUGGGGAUGCAAAAACGGGGGGGAACAAAGACAAUACAGAACCCAAAUUAGACGAACAAUUGGAAGAACAAAGCAACAAGGAGGACAUGGAGGGGAAAAAAAAUAUCCUCUUCCAUAUGAAGAAACCCACCUUGACAAAUCAUGAGGAAUUACAAAUUUUCCAGUUUUUAAAGGAAGAAAUUUUUCUGUGCGGUUCAUACAAAUUUAAAAAAGUUAAUGAAGAGUACCUAAAAGAAAAGGAUAACAGCACGUACCAUUUUCUGCAGAAGCUGAACUUUGUGGCCUACGUUUGCCUCUUUGAAAAUAGACACUCAGAUAUAAGUAAGAAUAAUUUCAUUUACAAUUAUGAAGAAAUCAACAAAAAUAGCGAAAUCCUUUCAUCCAUUUUGUACUUCUUCCUGUUCGAUCCAAAAAAAGUCGAAGCGGGUGAUAUGCCCAAGAGGAAACACCAAUUGGAGCACGCUCAACAGGUGAAUGAAGCGCAAGGUGACCUCAGCAAAAGGCGCAAGAAAGGGUUCGCCCUCCUUGGUAAGGACAGUCAGCGCCUCCCCCAAGCAUCCAGCAAACGGGGACAACGAAGAGAUGUUAAUAGUGUUUACGAAAGUGAUAGCGAUAACAUGAGUGACGAGGAAAGUGGCGGAGUAAGCAGCAAAAGUAACAGCAACUCAGACAGUGAUAGCAACAGCGAAGGUGAUGGUCAAAGGAACCCCGACCUUGAUGAGCACCUCAACCCAAACGAAGGCAAAGGAAGCACUAAUGGAGGGGAGGGCCCAAUCAAACUGCACACUCAACCCACAUGCGAAAACGAAACAGCCAAACAAAAAAUUUCCAUCAUUGAUGAACUGCUUUCCUUACUAAGCAAAGAAGUGGACAUCUUUGUCAAGGUUACCAUUUUGAAGUGUAUCCUAAAAUUAAUAAUAUUCUUAAACAAUAACCAAUUGAAGCGCCAUUUCAGCGCGACCAUCUCUGAGGAAUUUGAAAAGGUAAGGAAAACUCCUCCCCAAAAAAACUUCCUCAAAGUGGAACUAACCAAUUUGACCGAUUUGUAUAAAAAGGCGUACAGCGAUGAGUACGCAGGGGUGUAA